AAGGACCGGAGCAAGUGGCUCUACAUGGGAUGGUACUGGGAAGAUCUGAAGGGCAUGUUUCCCAGAGUCCUGAACAGGGAGACACCUGUGAGGAGAGUCAGCGUAUCCCAGAAAGGCAGCAGGGAAACCAUGCAGUGGAGAGACAGGGUAAAUCCAGUCACAGGAGUAGAGGAGUGAAAAGAACCAAAAAAGCCAUUCGACAGAAAAUACCCAAUCAAGAGAGACCCUACACUUGCAGUAAAUGUGGGAAAAGCUUCAAACUGAAAGCAGUCCUUUUUUUGCACCAGAAAAUCCACUCAGGAGAGAAACAUUUCAACUGCUCUUACUGUGGGAAAAGCUUUGGUCAACUUGCUACUGUUAUCGAACAUCAAAGAACCCACACAGGAGAAAAGCCCCUAAAAUGCUCUGACUGUGGGAAAUGCUUUAGUCGACGCUCGUGCCUUACUGACCAUCAGAAAAUACAUACAGGAGAGACACCCCAUAACUGCUCUGACUGUGGGAAAAGCUUCAGUCAGAGGUCACACCUUAUUAGGCAUAGGAGAAGCCACACAGGGGAGAAACCUUUCAAUUGCUCUGACUGUGGGAAAAGUUUCAGGCAGAAAUCGCACCUGGUUGUACAUCAAAGAAUCCACACAGGAGAGAAGCCCUUCAGAUGCCCCAACUGUUGGAAAUGCUUUAGUCGACGCUCAUGCCUUACUGAGCACCAGAAAAUGCAUACAGGAGAGACACCCCAUAACUGCUCUGACUGUGGGAAAAGCUUCAGUCAGAAGUCACACCUUGUUAGACAUAGGAGAAUCCACACAGGAGAGAAGCUCUUCAACUGCUCUGACUGUGGGAAAAGCUUCAGUCAGAGCUCACACCUGGUUUUACAUCAGAGAGUCCACACAGGGGAGAAGCCUUUCAGAUGCACUGACUGUGGGAAAAGCUUCAGUGGGCACUCGAGUCUUAUUAGUCAUCAGCGAACCCACACAGGAGAGAAACCUUUCAACUGCUCUGACUGUGAGAAAAGUUUCAGGAGGAGCUCGCUCCUUAUUAGACACAGGCGAAUUCACACAGGAGAGAAGCCCUUUGACUGCUCUGAUUGUGGGAAAAGCUUCAGUGGGCGCUCGAGUCUUCUUAUUCAUCAGCGAAUCCACACUGGAGAGAAACCCUACAGCUGCUCUGAAUGUGGGAAAAGCUUCAGUAGACGUUCAAGUCUUAAUAUUCAUCACAGAACCCACACAGGAGAGAAGCCCUUCAACUGUUCUGACUGCAGGAAAAACUUCAGUCAAAGGUCAGAGCUUGUUAGACAUUGGAAAAUCCACACAGGAGAGAAGCCCUUCAACUGCUCUGACUGUGGGAAAAGCUUCCGUGGGAGUUCACACCUUGUUACACACAGGAGAAUCCACACAGGGGAGAAGCCCUUUGACUGCUCUGACUGUGGGAAAAGCUUCAGUCAGCACUCACAUCUUAUUAAUCAUCAGAGAACCCACACAGGGGAGAAACCCUUCAGCUGCUCUGACUGUGGGAAGAGCUUCAGUCAGAACACACACCUAAUUAAACAUCAGAGAAUCCACACAGGGGAGCAACCCUUCAGCUGCUCUGACUCUGAAUGCGGGAAAAGCUUCAGUCAGAACUCAUAUCUUGUUAGACAUCGGAGAAUCCACACAGGGGAGAAACCCUUCAGUUGCCCUGACUGUGGGAAAAGCUUCAGUGAGAGCCCAAACCUUGUUAGACACAGGAGAAUCCACACAGCAGAGAAACCUUAUAACUGCUCUGACUGUGGGAAAAGUUUCAGUUGUCGAUCAAAUCUUUACAAUCAUUGUACAGUCCACAAGAGCAGAAACCCUGUAACUGCUCUGAGUGUGGGGAAAGUAUCAUUCAGAGCUCAGACCUUGUUAGACAUAGGAGAAUCCACACAGGAAAGAGACCCUUCAGCUGCUCUGACUGUGGGAAAACCUUCAGUCGGAACACAAACCUCAUUGACUAUCAAAGAAUCAACAUAGGACAGAAACCCUGUAACCUAAGUUCCCUUUUAGCUACGUGGCCAUAUGAAUGUGCAGCAGCCUAUUAAGUGACAUGCAAGCACUUAGGGCUGUAGUGGGGAGAGAUUCCUCUACCCGCUGGUCUCAACCCUGGUCCGGUCCUGCCACAGCUAGGGUACAGUCAGCUAUCCUGCAGCCCCAGUAGUACCCCUUCCCCCAGAAUAGCAGCUGUCCUGGGAGUGACAUAGCUGGUGGCAGUCUUCUCUCCCUGAUGUAGCCUUCCGUGGUCUGCACCUCAAAUCCCUCAUCCUCGGCCUAUCCCACAGCCCACACUCCCAAAUGGAGACUUGUCCCCACCUCACAUCUCAGCCCCCUCUCUCAGCCCUGAGUCCCUCAUCCCCAGCCCUACCCUACAUCCUCCUGUUCCCCAGUCCUGAGCCCCUUUCCCAAAAUCCAACCCCUGAGAAUGCCCACCACAUUAUUUUUGUUCUGUACAUCAGUGUGGAGAUGAUGUGCCCAUAAAAAAAUUAAUUCCACAGGUGUGUCGGGAAAAUUGUAUGAAACACUGUGUUUAACUGCUGUGCCUGUGGGAAAAGUUUGUCAGAGCUGAUACGCCCUUGAACAUCUCGAGAGAGAAACAUGACAGAUGUUUAAGUAGAAAAUACUUUACUCAGUGCCCCUAUGUUCUAGCACAUUGGAUAACCCAACGGUGAGAGGAACUCUGUGAAUUGCCAAGGACAGGAAAAGCCUCUGUGGGAGGUCAGUCCUUGUUGGCCACCGGAGAAUCCACACAGGGAAGAACUCUUUAAAUGCCCUGAAUUUGGGAACUGUUCAGUGAAAGCUCAGCCCUUACUAAACCUCCGAGAACCCUUGGGAAAGGGUGCCAUGAGUGUGGGAAAGCCUUCUAGCACAGCUCAUCUUUGCUGAGAUGUAAGGGCAUUCACCCAGGAGUGUGCUGGGUAGGGAUGGGCCGAGAGAUUACAAUUCUUCCUUCCCACAAAUCCCAGAGGCGGCAUUGGCUGUGCAGUGAGGACAACAGACAUGCCCACAGUGGAGUGGUAGUUAGGGCAUUUGCUCUAAAGACAAAGCCCUAAACCCUGUCACAAGGAAGAUUCCAGCUGUGAAAAAGUUCACAGCGGUUUAGAAAACGAGCUGUUAUUGCUGAAAUUCCUUAGAGGAAUUCUCUAUGCUGCAGGAAAGUUGGACCUAUCACCACGAGGCUCCUCAGAUCAGUCAGAGCCGCCCUUGUGCAUGACUAGAUCUGUGAGGAAAGGCUGUGA